AUGUGGGACAUUUUGUCACCUACAGUGAAAUCGUUGGCAGGCUGCAUUCUGACUACUACUACACUCAGGUUACAGACCGAAUACUUGGGAACAAGAAAAGCGAAGGUGACUCUACAUAGAGUCCCCCUAUUCAUAUCCGAAGAUCAUCUCGGGUUUUUUCUUUUCGAAAUAUGGGGACGUCUCCGACGUCUGCCUAUCUACACCGAUCAAGCGAGACAAAGCAGUACCUUUAAGCGAAAUUCCUCUCGUCAAUAUCACACACGCUCAUACACACACAGACACAUCUAUCUAUCUAUCUAUCUAUCUCAGCAUAUCUAUCUAUCUAUCUCAGCAUAUCUAUCUCUCCAUCAAUCUCAGCAUAUCUAUCUAUCUAUCUAUCUAUCUAUAGAUCUAUCGAUCUAUCUAUCUCAGUCUAUCUAUCUAUUUAAUUUAACGUCACUAUCUAUCUAUCUAUCUAUCUAUCUAUCUAUCUAUCUAUCUAUCUAUCUAUCUAUCUAUCUAUCUAUCUAUCUAUCUAUCUAUCUAUCUAUCUAUCUAUUCAUUCAUCUUUCUUUUCUUUCUCUCUUUUCUUUCUCUUUUUAUUCAUUUUUCUUCCAUUCGUCUUUCUUAUUUCCUCAUUUUUCCUAUAAUAUUUCAUUUAUUUUCUCUUUCCCCUCCCCUUUUAUCUUCAAACAAUUCUUUUUAGUUUUCUUCUUUCUUCUCAGUUUUUCACCUUCGUUCUCUUUUUAUGAGAAACGACGAAACCUUUCGAGAUAG